AUGCGCCUCGAUGUUGUGUUCUGCCUGGGGGUUGGAAUUACAGCCGUCCGAUCAGCAGAUGGCACUCCUCCUGCCUCUCCCGUCUCAUCCCGAGCAGCAUCUUGCCUCUCAGGCAUUUGCCUCACAGAGUCUGUGUUUUCCUCCUCGUCACUCUCGCUUAGAGGCAGCGUCCCCGUCGCGCCGGCUCUGGUCGCUGCUUCGUCGCCGCUGGCGUUGUCCGCCACCACUGGCGGCCCGGGCCCUGGGGAGUCUCUGGGUCCCGCCGCGCUGGGGCUUCCUGCGUCGUCCGCUGCUGCUCCGCCUGCACAGCGCCCGCCGUCUCCUGGCAACCGGCAGCAUCGACCUCAUUCGCCGGCGCUCCGUGACGAGCGAGAGAGGUCGCGGCGGCGACACGACUCUCCUCGCCGCCGGGGUUCCCAGGCGAACUGGGCUGCGUCCCGCGGCGGUCGCGGUGGCUGGUGGGGUGGGCGCGGUCGCGGUGGGGACUGGGCGUAUGAUCGGCCGGUCUCGAUGGCUGAUUUGCAGCGUGCUGUGUCUGCUGCGGUGCGCGAGGAGCGGAACGGGCAGGCGAGCCAGAGCAACUCGCCGCGUGCCACUCCAACGCAUGCGUCCCUUCCGCCAGCUGCGCCUUAUGCGCCUGCACCUCCCUUUCCCCAAUCAGCCGUUCCUCCGCCUCGUGUUCCUGCUGCGUCUGCUGCCGCUCCUGGGAACCGUAUGCGCCUGCCGUGGGUUCCUCCUGUGGCGGGUAUGGAGUUCGUGACCGCGGCAGGAGGACCGGUGACGGCGCAGUAUCCGUCUCUACUGCCCGUGGCUCCUGCUCCUCUUGCUGCUGCGCUGCCGGUACAGUCGCUGGUGGCGCCAUCUCCAUCAGCCGUGGUGCCGGAAGCGUCUCUGGGGCAGUUGUGGCGCCUCUCUGAGGGCCUGCGGGCUGUUCACCUGAUUCAGGUAUAUGGUUACGCGGCUCUCUCCCAGGGUGUUCCUCUGGAUGGCCCCCCUCGGGACGAGUGCUUGGAUGCCGCUGAUCGGCUGGGCGAGCUCCUAGCGCCCGUGUUGGCUGCGCCCGCGCGGGGUGGAGUUGCGGGCGUUGUAUAG